AUGUCGUCCAGUCCUCGCACCUCCAAGGAGAACCACGAUCUCCAGCCGUGGGAUAACAAUGAGAGUCGCUCGUCUGUGACAGUGUCGGGCUCGCCGAAUGGGCAGCCUGUUUCCGAGGAGAAGGACAUCUCUCUUCCCCCGGAUGGAGGCCUUGAAGCUUGGUUGGUUGUUGUCGGCGCGUGGUGCACCUCGUUUUGUAGCUUUGGCUGGGUGAACAGUAUUGGCAUCUUUCAGAGUUACUACGAGUCGAACAUGUUGAAGAACUAUUCGUCCAGCACCAUUUCUUGGAUCCCUUCUUUGCAGGUGUUCUUCAUGUUUGCGAUGGGUCCUAUUGUCGGAAAAUUGUACGAUGCCUUUGGUGCAAGAUACUUGAUUAUCGGAGGCACUUUCUUCCACGUCUUCGGUCUCAUGAUGGCCUCUAUUUCGACCGAGUACUACCAGAUCCUGCUCUCGCAGGGUGUGUGCAGUGCCAUUGGCGCGUCCGCUAUAUUCCAACCUGCCCUCAACUCCGUUAGCGUUUGGUUCAACAAGAAGCGUGGUAUCGCUUUCGCCACACUUUCUACCGGCUCCAGCGUCGGCGGUGUCAUCUUUCCCAUCAUGCUUGAGCGUCUAGUCCAGCAAGUCGGGUUCCCCUGGAGUAUGCGCAUCUCCGCAUUUAUGAUCCUCUUUUUGCUCGCGAUCGCCAUCGUUACUGUCAAGGCGCGCACGACUGGCCCCAAGUCCGCCAACCCCGGCAAGACCACCCUUCUUCAUCCCUUCAAGGAGCCAGCCUUUGUCCUCACCCUAUUCGGUUACAUGCUUCUCACCUACGGCGUUUUCAUUCCCAUCAACUACGUCAUCGUCGAGGCCGAGCUGAACGGCAUGUCCGCCAACCUAGCCGCAUACCUCCUCCCCAUGCUCAACGCGGCCAGUCUCUUCGGUCGUCUCGGCGCGGGCUUCGUGUCGGACAAGCUCGGUCGGUACAACAUUUUCAUCGCCAUGUGUCUGGUCGCGGGUGUGUUGGUCCUGGCGCUCUGGAUCCCCGCUGCCAGUAAUGCGCCCACGAUCGUCUUCGCCAUCAUCUUCGGUUUCGCUUCCGGUGCGUACGUCAGUCUCUCGCCGGCGCUUGUCGCGCAGAUCUCUCCCCUCACGGAGAUCGGAUAUCGCACUGGUCUGCUGUUCUUGUUCGCGUCGGUCGGUGGCUUGACUACCAGCCCGAUUGCGGGUGCUAUUUUGGCGAAUGCCGGCGGCAAGGACUUUACGAACGUGAAGGUUUUCUCGGGUGUGUUCUUGCUCGGAGGGACGGUGUUUGUGAUUGCGGCCAGGAUUAUGAAGACAGGGUUGAAACUGGGCGCGAAGUUCUAG